UUUAUAUAGUAAUUUAUACUUUUUAGAAAAUAAUUCAAAUUUUUGUACAGGCAACCCUCUGCAUUUACACUUCGAGGCCUUGCUCCGAGAAGACCAUUGGCGGACCCCCAAACCCAACUUUCAGAAGCCACCCCAUGCCAGCUUGAAAGACUUAACUAACAAUGUCGGCUCCCCAUUUCUUUCCCCUCCUGGCGCUCUGUUGAAAGGAUUGGCCGGCUUCAGUCUCUGCACCCCGCGUCCUGCUCCCAACAAACUGGGCACUUUGCUCCAGGGGCGGCCUCUGUGCCCUCCUGUUCCGCACGCCAAUCACGUGCCCCCUCAUCCCGCGAUGGCCAGCAGCAGCAGCAGCUUGGUGUUGCAGCCUGCCAAAAAGAAAAAAGUGGAAUCUUCCUACGAUAUCAACAACAUUGUCAUUCCCAUGUCCAUGGCCGCCGCCACUCGGGUGGAAAAGCUGCAAUAUAAAGAGAUUUUAACCCCCAGCUGGAGAACAGUGGAUCCCAAAGAGUUGGUGAUCUUAGAGAAAGCAGACACAGAGCUGGAAGACACUUCGGAUGAAACAUAUCUGAACUAUCACCAAAAAUUUGAAGAGCUGGAACGGGUCCGCUGGGAUUCCUGGACCGGAA